AUCCCCCCGCGCGCAAUUUGAAGACCGCAAUCGGGCCUCCCUGGGUUGCGCCGGCCGCCGUGGAGGCAGGGCCUUCCGCCCAGGAAGCGGGUUUCUGGAGGAGGUCCCGCAGGUGGCAGAACUUGACCUGAGCCGUGAAGGGAAAGACUGUGGGAAAGGCAAGUGGGCCUGACCGGGAAUACCGUGAGUUUGUGUUGUCUCAGAGUUUUCUGCUAAAAUUCAAGAGACUAUUUAUCAUUUAUCAACUUGAUAAGUACAAGUACUAGAAAGGCAGUGCCAAAGGUGUAGUUGAUAGCCAUCUUACAUGGGAUAAGACUUGGUCUCCCCACACUUCUGAACCCAUGAAGAAACGAUGGGAAGCAAAACUGAAGCAAAUUGAAGAGCGAGCAUCCCAUUACGAAAGGAAGCCCUUGUCCGCAGUGUACAGGCCCAGGCUGUCAAAGCCAGAAGAGCCGCCCUCUAUUUGGAAACUAUUUCCUCGCCAAACACAGGCUUUUAAUUUUGUUAAAAGUUGCAAAGAGGUAAUUUUGUGAGAAAGAUUUUGCAGCCUGCUUUUCAUUUGAUUGCCAGUGGAGAUGAUGAAGAUGAUGGUGGGAUUCCAGGGACAACCGGCCAAGCAUUUUCCCAUUUUUCUGAACCACCAAUUAAACAAGGAAUUUCCUUCCGUGAAAUGUCCACAGAUGAGGAGAGAGGAGAGAGCUGGACGUUGACUUCCAAAGCCCCGGAGAGGCUGGGGUCCGCCGAGCGGAGCGGCCCUGACCUUUCCUUCUUAGUUGUGAAGGAUCCUGCAGGGAAAAAGCGUCUUUUUGUCGAUCUAGGAGUUUAUACAAGAAAUAGGAACUUUCGGCUCUAUAAGUCAUCAAAAAAGGGGAAGCCAGUGGUGUUGGAGGUCGCUGAAGAUAACAGAUAUUCUCUUACACAGUCAAAGAAUACUUCUGAAGAGGAACAGUAUUUCCUCUCUUCUUUGGUCAGCAAUGUCAGAUUCUCAGAUACUUUACGAGUACUUAGAUGUGAUGCAUCCGAGAAUAAACAAAAACAGGCUGGGCAUCUUAAUAGUACCAGCACUUCAGUAGAAAACAUUGAAGGUUUUCAGGCCUCGCCCUACCCUGAAAUUGAUCAAUUUGUUCUUUCUUUGGUGAAUAAAAAUGGCAUUAAAGGAGGGAUUCGGCGUUGGAACUACUUUUUUCCAGAAGAAUUAUUGGUUUAUGACAUUUGUAAAUAUCGCUGGUGUGGAAACAUUGGAAGAGCCCACAAGAGUAAUAAUAUCAUGAUUUUGGUUGAUCUGAAGAAUGAAGUUUGGUAUCAAAAAUGUCAUGACCCCAUAUGUAAAGCGGAAAACUUCAAAUCUGACCGUUUUCCUUUACCUGCUGAAAUAUGCCUCCCGUUUCUUCUCAAAGAGGAAGAAGAGUUUACAACACAGGAAACCAUGGACGAUGGGAUCCAGAGCCUUCAUGUGCCAUCAUCCAGCGCAUCGUCAGGAGGUGUGUGCUCUGACCCUGACUGGGACAGUGGCCCUGAUGAUACUUAUUUCUUGGAAGCUACUGAGGAUGCUGAAUUAGCAGAAGCUGCAGAGAACAGCCUUUCCAGUUAUAAUGGUGGAGUGGAUGAAAUUCCUGACGAAGUAAUUGUGGAAGUAUUACAGAAUAGCUAAUUAACC